AUGAUGUUUAUGCGGCGGUCCACGUCGUCGUUGUCGUCGACGGGGUCGAGUCCUGCGCAGCAGUCGAUGUUGGAUGCGGAUAUUGUUCGUGAGGGAUGGUUGAGGAAGAAGGGACACUUGUUUGCGACCAUCAAGUCGCGGUACUUUGUCCUGUACGCAGACGGCCACCUCGUGUACUUGAACGACGUCAAGAAGAAGAAGCAAAAGGGCUCGGUCGUGCUGGCCAUGUCGGACAUCGUCGCACCGCAUCCGACCAAGAAGAACGACAAGCUGUUUGGAUUCGACUUGAAAAAAGCAGCGACUUCCUCCGACCUCAACGCUACCAAGCCGUAUACGUUGACCAUGUUUGCGUUGACGUCAGUCGAGCGAUCGGAAUGGAUUGACGCCAUUCGCCGCGUCACGACCAUGCAAUACCCGUCCAUGGUGAUGCCGCAACGCAUGCUAUCCCUGGCUGAAACUUCGUCGACGACAGACCCUAGCAGCUCCUCGACCGUCCUUGCCGCUUCAAGCUCCCGGGAUACGUUUUGCGUCUUGAUCGAACUGGGGGAAUUGCAGCAAUUGGUGGCGCUGGCCCACACAACGUGGGACGAGGACCCUCUCAAGUGGCGCCACGACCAAUACUUGGAACUGUGUCGCAGCAUUGUGUUUACCCAUGAAAAAGCUCUGGGGGCCAACAUGAACGUCCACGACAGCCAAGUGCUUCAACAAGCACUGGCGUUGCGCUACCAAUACGAAGAUGCCCAAGCCCAAGUGCAAGCGCGUCGCUUGUCCCUGGCAGUUCCCCCCGGUCCUAUCGCGGAAUCAGUUAUUUCGACGACGCCACCGUCUACCCCGACCACGGACAUUGCACCUAAACCGCUGCCUCUAAAAGUCGCGAGGUACUUUAACACGUUGGACGCGUCGUUCGUGGCAACCUCGCCGCGAUCGAAAACCAUGGCCAAGUACCAUCAAUUGUAUCAGCAAGAAGCGCUGACAGCCAAACGUGCGUGGAAUAUCAAUCGCGACCCAUCGGACGACAUUUUAAACUGCACGGAGGGGGCUCCAAGCAGUCCGUGGACGCCAGAGAAGUUGGCGACUCUGCUCCACGACCGAUUUGAUAGAGAUCGCAUAUACACGGAUGUGGGGGAUACGCUGAUAGCUAUUAACCCCGCGCCCCGCCUGGUGCACCACGCAGCGGGCAAUUCGAUCUACGACGAAGCCACGGCCAUGUGGUACCGAGACCACGACCCCACUGCGUGCAGCCCCCAUCCUUUUGCGUUGGCCAAACGGACGCUGGCGAGUGUGCAAAACAACAAGCAAGACGAGUGCAUUGUGAUGCUGGGGGAGUCGGGCAGCGGCAAGACGGACCUGGCCAAGCAAGUGCUCAAGUACAUUGCGUUGGUUCAGCAAGCAGUCAAGCCUCCCCAGGUGCAAUUGUUUACCAGUUCCACGAAAAGUACUAUCAAAAUGCGAAGCGACGAAAGCCAUUUGAUGGAUUUGUUGCGGCUCAAACAUGUGAAUUACGAAACCAUCUACUUGGACAUUACACCCGACAGAUGGCCCGAAAUGCUGGCCAGCAGCGGCGGAAUCAAACAGUUGCCGCAACUGCACAUGAACUCACACUAUUUCGGGAACUACGACGAGUUGCAACGGCUCGAAGACGACGAGCAGUUUGUGUUUUACGUGAAAAACCCAAAUGCGGCGCGACUGACGUCGGUGCUUCUGGACGGAAACGAGCUGCUCGAAGCCUUUGGAAAUGCCAAGACGGUGCACAACCCAAACUCGUCGCGGUUUGGCAAAUCCACGUCGUUCUCUAUUCACGCGACCACGGGUCACCUCUUGGGUGGGUCGAUCCAGCCCUUCUUUUUGGAAACGUCGCGUGUGACGAGCUUGAACCCGGACGAUGCCAACUUUCACAUUUUUUACGCGCUGCUGGUCGGGGCAAGCGACGCCGUGGUUGAGGACUGUCAAUUGAAGCAUACGACCCCCGCCACGUUUGCUUACUUGGGCAAACCGUCCAAGCUCGCAUCGACCAAUGUACGCACGAGCACCACCCAAGACGACCGGGUGCGGUGGGAUCGAGUACUGCGCUGUUUGGACUUGGUGGGUGUGUCCGAAGGCGAGCGGUCGGCCAUGUUUCGCGUGCUUUCGGCGGUCUUGUAUUUGGGCAAUAUUGGGUUUGAAGAUACGCUCAACGAGUUGGGGGUCGCCACUGGAGUGCGCAUCCAAAACGACUCGGAGCUGCACAUUGUCGCAGAUUUGCUCUCGAUCCAAGCCAACGACGUGGUGCGAGUCCUAUGUACCAAGCAGUUAUCCGUGACCAAGAAGGAUGAAGUGUACGAGCUCCAAGUACAUGCCCGUCAAGCACGAAUCACAAGGGAGAGCUUUGCCAGACUGCUCUACGACAGUUUGUUCAGUGCGUUGGUGAGUCUUCUCAAUCGAAGCAGCAGGGUGCCCAAGGACAACCUCGUGCACGACAUCACGUUGGUCGACGUGUUUGGAUUUGAAGACGUUGGAACCAAUUCGUUCGAGCAACUGUGCAUCAACUACUUGACUGAGAAAUUGUCUGCUUUCGAACUCGAAUACGCUGGCGAAGUGCAAGGCGCGCUGUAUUUUGCUGAAGGCCUCGGGCGGUACUGGUCGAGCGUUUUGAAUAUAUCGGAAGGGGUUGGACUCCAAGUGAUGAGCAGUCCCGUGGGGGUGUGGGCCUGCUUGGAUGAAGCCACCGUACUGCAUGGCAACGAAGACGACCCGAAACAACUGAAAAACAGUCGGUUUGUUCGGGCCUUGUAUUCACGCAAUGCCGAUCAUCCGGGGUUGACCGUUCGCAAAGAUCCGCUCGAGUUUACUGUCAACCACCACCGGAGCUCGGUCACGUACAACGCAACGGAUUUUGUGUUGAAGAACAGCCAAGACUUCCUGCAGCCUCUACUUCACCUCAUGGCCACGUCAUCGAAUCCAUUCAUCCAGUCGCUGCAAACCCAUCAACGCUCCGUUGUAAACCAAGAAACGAAACGGCAAAGCUCGGCGGCUCGGUUCAAGGGGCAUGUGCAAGCGAUUGUGGACAAGUUGAACGUGGUCCAGCCCCGCUUUGUGCACUGCCUGCGUCCUCGGGCGUCUACUUCCAAGGACUUUACAGCGUUGGACAUGGGCGUGUUGAAGGCGCAAGUGCAGGGCCAGCUCCUGGCUCCCAUCGUCACGUAUUCGAGUCAGAUGUUUCGACAUGCAGUAGCCUUUCCUGCGUUUCAAUCGAGUUACCACAUGCUAUUUCGACAAGCGACAUGGGAUGCCGACGGCGUGGACCAAGCCCUAGAGGCGUUCGUGUCGUCGUUGCCUCUGGGAACGUCGUGCGAGUAUGCUGUGGGCACCACGACUGUGUUUUUCAACGAAGCGUUGUUUAUGGCGUUGCUGGCUCAACGAUUGGACGUUCGAUCUGCCGCGUGUAUCCGCAUUCAAGCGACGGUUCGAAUGUGGUUGGCGGCGCGAGAGGUGGCGUCGUUGCAGCUCACGACGCAGAAUUACAUUCGACAGAUCACACAAUUCUACGCCCAACACAAUCCGUCCAAGCUCGCGGAAGUGUCGUCGAUUGUGCGGACGUUUCGAGGGCGGGAAGGCGUGCUGUUUGAAAAACUCAAGCAAAAGUACACGUCGACGCAAGUGCAAAGUGCCGACGACGACACGUCCUUGGAAUCGUUUGUGUUGAAAGUGCAAUUUGAUGGCCCCACAGUGCACAAGAUGCUGUCCAACCCAAAGAUGGCGUUGUUGCUCGGCGAGCCAAACAUCCUACAAGCCCUUCGAGAACUUAGCAUCGACCCGUCAGUGAUCUACCUUCAGACGACCGACCCCGUCUUGCGCCUCUUUUACACGGAACUGCGCGCGUUUAUCACUCCCAAACCACAUCCCGAUCGUAUUCCGUACCCCGACAUGCCGCUCGACGACGCGGUACUCGUGCCAGACAGUGUCACAGAUGGAUUGUUCAAGCGUUGGCCCGGUUGCAGCUUCUUCAUCCCACAUCGGACAUGGCGCCUCAAGAUCAAGCAAUUGUCCGAGAGAUUGCUAUGGACCCCAUGUUGCUUGCCAUUUCACAUCGACAUGCCUGGAGUGCAAAGCAUGCUGCAGCGCCUUAUCCAGGACAUUGAGCACAACCCAUCGACUUUAGUGGCUGAAGCUGCCGCGGCUGCUUCACAACCUGUUGCUCUGCAAGUUCCAACCCCCCUGGACGUGCCACCACGACUUCAUAACCAACUUCCACAAGAACAAAAUCCUAUCGUACCAGUGGCUCAACCCACGACAGUUGCCAUCGACGAGCCUGUGGACACUAGUUCCGAGUCAUCAACUAGUAGUCCCGUUCAAGCGGUGGUUGGCAUUGAAAUCGGUCAAGCGGCGGCGGCGGACGCUGCCACGUCAUCCUCGAGGACGAGGAGCCCCGCCACCUCGAUGGACGUACUAGAAACUCCAAUCGUCCAGUUUCAAGACAUGCCGCUGGAGAUUGCCGUGGAAAAGCUAAUCCAAGCGAAGUUGCUGUGUCCUACAGCAGACAUGACGCUCGACGACCAGGCCAUCGUGCUCGAGAUCGCGUCAGAUCCGACCAUGCUGGCCUUCCACAUCGACCAACCCAAUGUGCAAGUGCUCUUGCGCCGCUUGUGCCGGUUGGUGGACGACAUCAUGGCUAAGUCGUCGCCACAACUGCCAGUAGUAGAUGUACCUGCUGACAUCUCCCCCACCAAAAGUCCACGUCUAUCUGAAAACACUCCAGGAACGGUCGAGUUUCAGCGUGUAAAGGUCACAAAGAAGCUGAUGAAGAAGCUCCUACAGAACGACGUGGUCAUGAGCAUGAUGGGCGAGCCCAAAGUUGUCGACUUCUUCGAAGAUUUUUCCGAAGCCAAGUCGUCAAUGCCAACCAUUUCGUUUCCAGCCCACGAGACACAACUCAUUGCAUUUUACAAGGCGGUGCUGCAACUCAGCCUAUCAUGA